AUGCUUAGCUUCACUUUACGAGAGGUUUCCAUUGCAUUCAGAGAAGGAAAAAUCUCUCCAACUGAAUUGUGUAGAAAGUGUUUGCACCGAAUCAAGCAGAACCAGCAUCUUAAUGCUUAUAUCACAGUGACCGAGGAACUGGCCUUGAAGCAGGCUCAAGAAGCAGAGACCAGACUCUUACAAGGUACCCCUAAAGGCCCACUGGAUGGAAUCCCUUUUGCAGUCAAAGACAACUUUUGUACAAGGAAUGUCAAAACAACGUGUGCUUCCAGGAUGCUUAAAAACUACACCCCACCAUAUAAUGCUACAGUUGUACAGAAGCUUUUGGACCAGGGAGCUGUUCUUAUUGGGAAGACCAACAUGGAUGAAUUUGCGAUGGGCUCUGGCAGUACUGAUGGUGCAUUCGGACCAGUGAGGAACCCUUGGAGCUACGCUGCUCCCUACUGUGAGCGGACAGGAGCUGUACCUGACUCUGACUGGGUUAUCUGUGGUGGUAGUUCAGGAGGAAGCGCUGCAGCUGUUGCCUCCCUCACCAGUUACUUUGCUUUAGGAUCAGACACAGGUGGUUCCACUCGUAACCCAGGAGCAUUGUGUGGUGUUGUGGCUUUGAAGCCAACGUAUGGACUGCUGUCAAGACAUGGUCUCAUACCUCUGGUCAACUCCUCUGAUGUUCCAGGCAUAAUAACACGAAGUGCCAGCGAUGCCGCUAUUAUUUUAGGUAUUCUCCAAGGUGUUGACACCAAAGACUCCACAACAGUUCCUGCACCCCCAUCGCCAAUGGAGCUGGCUGAGAACUUUGAUGUCAAGAAUCUCUUCGUGGGCAUUCCAAAGGAGUUCUAUGCCCCUGGUAUGUCCGAGGAGACUGCUGCACAAUGGAGUCAUGUCACUGACUUGCUUGAGAAAUCAGGUGCGCGUGUGGAGCAAGUGUCCCUCCCUCACUGCCAGUAUUCUAUUGCGUGUUACCACGUCCUGUGCUGUGCUGAGGUGGCGUCUAACAUGGCACGGUUUGAUGGUCUACAGUAUGGCCAUCGUAGCGAAGUGGACAGUUCCACGGAGGCCAUGUAUGCCACCACACGACACGAGGGGUUCAAUGAUGUUGUGAGAGGCCGGAUACUGUCUGGAAACUACUUUCUGCUUAAACAAAACUAUGAGCACUACUUUGUGAAAGCCCAGAGGGUUCGUCGGCUGAUUACAGACGAUUUCAACCGCGUGUUCAGCUCAGGAGUUGACGUCCUCCUGACACCCACAACUCUCUCAGAUGCCGCUCGUUAUGCCGACUUCACACAAGAAGACAACAGAACACGCAGCUCGCAGGAGGAUGUCUUCACCAAUCCUGCUAACAUGGCAGGUCUCCCCGCAGUUUCUGUGCCAACUACCUUAUCCAGGAGAGGCCUUCCCAUUGGCUUACAGCUAACUGGCCCCGCCUUCCAAGACAAGAAGCUGCUUAGUGUUGCCCAGUGGAUCGAACAAAGGGUUGGGUUUCCAUCCAUCAGUGACUUUGUGGAAUCCAACAGGCAGGGUUCCAAUUACAAUAUUGGCUUUGCAAGAGGGGUUAGAUGA